AUGUCGACCACUAUUGAUCUAAGUUCUUUCCCUACGGCUGCCCCGGCGGCGCCAUCAGCUGAGAUUCGCUUUGCGGAUGUUGCUGUCACAGCAACUGCGAAAGAGUUCAAGGGCAUAUACCGUGAUGAUAAGCAGUACCAUGAGCCUGAUUUCAUCAACACUCUUGACCGUGCCAAAGAUUCUGGUGUGAGCAAGGUCAUGCUGACGGGCAUGUCGCUCGCUGACGUCUCUCACAACGAGAGUAUCGUCAAGCAGCGUCCCGCGCAGUGCUAUCUCACCAUCGGAGUGCACCCCUACCACGCCUCCGAGCUGGAUGCCGGUGGCAAGGCGUAUCUUGACGAAUUGGAGCAGAAGGUUAAAAACGCCCUCGCACAGGAUACGCCGCAUAUUGCAGCUUUUGGUGAAUUAGGUCUUGAUUACGAUAAGGAGGAGCAUGCGUCCAAAGAUGUGCAGAAGAAAGCCUUCACGGCACAGCUGGAUCUCUUUGUUAAGAACCAAUGGGACCUCCCGCUCUUCCUGCACUGCCGCAACGCCUUUGACGACUUCGUCGAGAUGAUAACGCCCUACAUGGAGAAGCUCCCCCGCGGCGGUCUCGUGCACAGCUUCGUCGGCAGCGCCGCGCAGAUGGAGAAGCUAGUCUCCCUGGGCCUGGGCGUCAGCGUCAACGGCUUCAGCUUCCAGAACACGGAGAGUCUAGAGAUGGUGUCCAAGAUCCCGCUCGACGCGCUGCAGCUCGAGACGGAUGCGCCGUGGGGCGAGCUGAAGAGCACGUCCGAGGUGGUCAAGCGGUACUGCGGGAACGCGAGGGCGCUGCCGGCGUCGAAGAAACGGGAUAAGUGGGAUGGAAAGUGCAUGGUCAAAGAGAGGAAUGAGAGCUGCACGAUGGAGAGGGUUGCGUUGGUCGUGGCGGGGUUGAAGGGUGUUGGUGUUGAUGAGGUUGCCGAAGUGGCGUGGAAGAAUAGUGUGAGGAUGUUUGGACUUGGACGACGAUAG